CAAGGCAGGACGUCCCUCUCCACCCUCCAAUUCCCACCAGAGGCCUCUCUUGUGACUAUUGGACGCUGCUCCUUUAAAAGCAGCCACUCCUCCUGGCUUCUAGGGUGUGGGGGUGGGGGCUGAGAUGGAGGGAAGCUGACAGAAUUACCUCAACAAUUAGGGAAGAUGGACCAGGCUGGAAAAGUCGCUCCCAAGCCCUAAUGUCCCCUUCCCUAAGCCAGCGGGUCUGGGGGGAAAACUUCCCAUCCCAGACGCGACACGAGAUGGCUCCGUGGCCUCACAAAAACGGCUCUCUGGCUUUCUGGUCAGACGCCCCCACCUUGGACCCCAGUGCAGCCAACACCAGUGGGUUGCCAGGGGUGCCAUGGGCAGCGGCAUUGGCUGGAGCAUUGCUGGCGCUGGCCACGGUGGGAGGCAACCUGCUGGUAAUCACAGCUAUCGCCCGCACGCCGAGACUACAGACCAUAACCAACGUGUUCGUGACUUCGCUGGCCACAGCUGACUUGGUAGUGGGACUCCUCGUAAUGCCACCAGGGGCCACAUUGGCGCUGACUGGCCACUGGCCCUUGGGCGCAACUGGCUGCGAGCUGUGGACGUCAGUGGACGUGCUCUGUGUAACUGCCAGCAUCGAGACCCUGUGCGCCCUGGCUGUAGACCGCUACCUAGCCGUCACCAACCCUCUGCGUUACGGCACGCUGGUUACCAAGCGCCGCGCCCGGGCGGCAGUAGUCCUGGUGUGGAUCGUGUCCGCCACCGUGUCCUUUGCGCCCAUCAUGAGCCAGUGGUGGCGUGUAGGGGCAGACGCUGAGGCGCAAGAGUGUCACUCCAAUCCGCGCUGCUGUUCCUUUGCCUCCAAUAUGCCCUACGCGCUGCUCUCCUCCUCCGUCUCCUUCUACCUUCCCCUCCUUGUGAUGCUCUUCGUCUAUGCUCGAGUGUUCGUCGUAGCUAAGCGCCAGCGGCGUUUGCUGCGCCGGGAGCUGGGCCGUUUUCCGCCCGAGGAGUCUCCGCGGUCUCCGUCGCGCUCUCCAUCCCCUGCCACAGUCGGGACACCCACGGCAUCGGAUGGAGUGCCCUCCUGCGGGCGGCGGCCUGCGCGCCUCCUACCGCUCGGGGAACACCGCGCCCUGCGCACCUUGGGUCUCAUUAUGGGCAUCUUCUCUCUGUGCUGGCUGCCCUUCUUUCUGGCCAACGUGCUGCGCGCACUCGUGGGGCCCUCCCUAGUUCCCAGCGGAGUUUUCAUCGCCCUGAACUGGUUGGGCUAUGCCAACUCUGCCUUCAACCCGCUCAUCUACUGCCGCAGCCCGGACUUUCGCGACGCCUUCCGUCGUCUUCUGUGCAGCUACGGUGGCCGUGGACCGGAAGAGCCACGCGUGGUCACCUUCCCAGCUAGCCCUGUUGCGUCCAGGCAGAACUCACCGCUCAACAGGUUUGAUGGCUAUGAAGGUGAGCGUCCAUUUCCCACAUGAAGGACCAUGGAGAUCUAGCAAGGAGCCUGUGAGUUGAAUUUGAGCUGCUUUUCUCCCUCAGGGACUGGAUUCGAGGUGUAGGGUGGGAUGAGGGAGGGUGCAGGAUGAUCCCUAUAUCUUUGAAAAGUAAAUAUGCUAUUCAGGGUUCCUGAGUCACUCCCCUCUUACCUCCAGUGCUUGAUCCGCACCUCCUUGACUGGUUACCCCAAGAAAUAUUGUUUCCGUUUUGCAGGACUUCUGGAGAAAUUUUUUUUUAAGACAGAAAGACAAGCAACGUCCAUGGAUGCAAACUUUUUAUACAGCCCUUGAUUUCUGCUCAGAGUGAGUUCCCAGGAACCGCAACUCUCCAGAACCAAUGACUAGACCACAGAAUGUAAAGGGGAAAUCUUACCAAAUGGGUUUUACCAUCUUCUCUCUCUUUCUGAGAGACGUUGUCUAGGAUCCACCUUGAACUUCGCUACUACCUCAGCCGCCGGGAUAUCAGGCCACCCGUGCUUGACUGCCCUGGGAGGAGCUGCGUUCCCACCACCACCCUGCUUAUUAUGUUUGUGCUGGAUGCUUAGGGCUAAGAAAGCACCCUUACCUACCUCCCUUCCUACUGCUUUCCUGACCCCAUGAAUGACUUUUGUCUCCACAAAUCACUCUGUCUCCAGGUUCUGUGUUCCCAGUCUCUGUGUCUCUGGUUAGUUGGAAAGCAGGAAACCCGGCGGGGGAGGCGGGGGAGGGGGGGAACGACCAAGUUUGAGGUUUUGUCCCUGGCUCCUCACUACAGCUCUCUAAACAUCAUCUUGGACCAUCUCUCACAAUAGGCACAAAACAGCUCUAAUCUACCUCACUCUUAGGACUUCAAGGUUUGGGAGAAAUUCCAGGGUUCCUGGGAAGAAGUCAAACCAUUGGAAUGGGUCCCUUUUCCACUUAAAAUCAAAUUAAUAAAUAUUAUUGAAUGUG